AUGUAUAUUGGCAGUGUUGUUGUCGUUGCCUAUUUUUGGCGUCUUCGACAAGCUUACGAAUUUUUCAAGCGAUUAAAUAUUCCUGGUCCACCACCAAUACUUUUUUUUGGUAAUUUUCUCGAGCUUAUUAAAAGUAAACGAUUAUCAAUUUCAAUGAAACAAUGGACAGAAAAAUAUGGUCGUAUUUUUGGAUAUUUCGAAGGACAUACACCAAUUUUAGUUAUAUCUGAUCCAGAUAUAUUACAAGAUGUUUUUAUUAAAUCAUUUUCAAAUUUUCAUUCUCGUCGUCCUUUUGCAUUCGAAGAACAACAUACUAAAAAAGUACAUCUUUUCAGUGCUACUGGUCUUCGUUGGAAACGACAAAGAUUUGUUAUUAAUCCAACAUUUUCAUCGGCUAAACUAAAACAAAUGUCUCCAGUUAUUCAUCGAUGUAUUGGCAUAUUCAUGAAAAAAAUGUCCGAACAAUAUAAUAAGGGCCAACCAUUUGAUAUCUAUGCAUAUUUUAAAAGAUUCACUAUGGAUACUAUAUGGUCAUGUGGUUUUGGACUUGAAACAGAUAUGCAAAAUAAUAUUAAUAAUCCAUAUUUAAUUUUUUCACAAAAUAUAUUCAACGAAGAUAAUACUUUCAGAAUUUUAGUACUUUUAUCUUUGUUUAUCACAGAAUUAAAUACUGUUUGGCUUAAAUUGUAUCAUAUAAGCAAUUUUAUACGUUAUUGGCUUCCACGUAUUUUUCCAUUGACAAGGAAAUUUAUUCAAGAAAUACCAGACCUAUGGAUUAUAAGACAAGCAUAUACAAUGAUGGAAAAACGUGGACAAAUGGCCUCAACAAAUCGAACAGAUUUAAUCCAAUUAAUGCUUGAAUCAGCAUCAAACGAAGAUCUUAUUCAAGAUGAUAAAGCGUCUGCUGUUAGAGAAGAAGAAAAAGAUAACGAGCCACUAUUUAUUCGAAAACUUACUAAACAUGAAAUUGCAACUAACAUUUAUCUAUUUAUGAUUGCCGGUUAUGAAACAACAAGUACAGCACUUAGUUAUAUUACUUAUGUUCUUGCAACUCAUCUAAAUGAACAACAAAAAUUACAACACGAGAUUGAUACUCACUUCAAUCCUGAAACCGAUGAUGAUAUGCCAUCUUAUGAUACAGUUUUACAAAUAGAAUAUUUAGAUAUGUUUAUUCGAGAAACACUUCGCAUGUAUCCUAUAGCGCCAGUAGUAGUCAAUCGUCAAAGUUCAGAAGAUUUUCAUAUCAAAGGUAUUGGUACGAUUCCAGCUGGUACAUCUAUUGCUGUUGAUAUGUAUAGUUUACAUUAUGAUCCUGAUUUGUGGGGUCCUGUUGAUCCACAUAUAUUUUAUCCUGAACGAUUUGAAACAAAACGACAUGCAAUGGCAUGGGUUCCAUUUGGAGCUGGACCAAGAAAUUGUGUUGGAAUGCGUUUUGCUUUGAUUGAACUCAAAAUGGCACUUGUUCGUCUUCUCAAAACAUAUUCAAUAGUCGAUUGUGGUGAUCAAACAUGUAAACCAUUUGUAAAUCUCAAAGAAUAUAUCGUAAUUGCACCAGAACAAGUUAUUGUUCGUUUACAACGUCGAGAUGAACAUUAA